UACUUGUGGUGCUGCUACUGCUCGUAGUGGUACUGCUAGUGGUGGUUGUUGUAGUAGUGCUACUUGUGGUACUACUGCUGCUCGUGGUAGUACUACUUGUGGUGCUGCUAAUUGUAGUCGUGCUGCUAGUGGUGGUAGUGGCAGUAGUAGUGUUACUUGUAGUACUGCUGCUUGUAGUACUGGUAGUGAUAGCCGUAGUACUACUUGUGGUACUAGUACUAGUAGUAGUGCUACUUGA